UUGUUUUUAAAAGCGACAUUUAGAAUUGCUCUCCAGUCACUUCUACAAGCGAUUUUAGAAUCAACAUGAAGACAUUCCUGAUCAUCGCAUUACUUAUCAUCGUCGCAUCAACUGUCAAUUCAGCUAUUACCACAACACAAUGCGGAGAAAACGAAGAGUUUGAUUCAUGUGGUACUGCUUGUCCUCUUGACUGUACUAAUUACAUGAACGAACCAGAACCCUGCACUAGACAAUGUGUCAUAGGAUGCGCUUGUAAACCUGGAUUUGUCAGAUCUGCUACUAAAAAAUGUAUUCGCCCUUCCGAAUGCUAAAAAUUACUUUUUUUAUUUCAUUACUUGUAAAGAUUCAAAUGAAAUGUAGUCUUAUGAUAUAAGAAUAUUAUUAUUCAAUAUGUAAUCUAAAUUGUUAUCUUGAUAAAUAAAUCGUUAAUUCUGAACAUUUU